UGACACAGACAGUCUCGACGCGCGCUCGUCGUUACACGUUCACUUUGUGUGUUGAUUUAUUUCUCUACAAACUACAACAACAUGUCGGGUCGCGGCAAGGGUGGCAAGGUCAAGGGAAAGGCAAAGUCCCGGUCCAACCGUGCCGGUCUCCAGUUCCCCGUCGGUCGUAUCCACAGGCUUCUGCGUAAGGGCAAUUACGCCGAGCGUGUCGGUGCCGGUGCGCCCGUGUACCUGGCCGCCGUCAUGGAGUACCUGGCCGCUGAAGUGCUCGAGUUGGCCGGUAACGCGGCUCGUGACAACAAAAAGACCAGGAUCAUCCCGAGACAUCUACAACUGGCGAUACGCAACGACGAGGAAUUGAACAAGCUCCUCUCCGGCGUCACCAUCGCCCAGGGUGGUGUGCUGCCCAACAUCCAGGCCGUGCUCUUGCCCAAGAAGACCGAGAAGAAGGCAUAAAUCGCCGCCGCGUUUUCGCAUCAUUUAUGUAUGCUGCACUCUGCUGCUGUAUACAUAUUGAUGAUCGAGACACGACCGAACGAAACGUGUGUGCACGUUUCUUCAAACAAAAAGGCCCUUUUCAGGGCCGCAAUAUGAUUCUGAGUAUUUAUGAAAUGUUUCUUGACGAUUGACACGAGUGCAAAUCUCUUCUUACACUAUACAAUAAUAAAUACUAUCACUACACAAUAUAAUGAAUAAUUUAUUGAUUGUCUGAAAAAGUCGGCAUGAUGGUUAACAGACAAAAUAAAUAAAUGCCUAAUUAUGAGAGAGAGACAAAAUAUACCCGUACGUAAAUACAUAGGUAGAUUCGAGUUUGAGCAUGAAAAAUCCUUAAGAAAAAUAUUUUAGUAUUUAUAACGUGAUGCGAU